GAUGCUUGCAGGGGAAGCGUGAACACAAAGAAACCACAGCCGUCGGAUUGGGAAGAACAAAAGACAAGAAAUCUCAAACCAAGUGAGGAACCUGAUUUACGACAACAGUUUAAAUUAAAAACAGUCUUGAUUUUCCAUUUCUAUCCAUAUUCGAACCAUUAUUUACAUGGCAUAUGAUAGGAGGGGGACAUUACACUGCCGUUAUCCAGGAGAGAGUGAAGCUUGAGCGGUGAGACGUUGUUCUAGUGUUUCCCGAUGGCUUGGUGUUCAUGGGCAGUGCUCUCUCUCUGCCAAGCCGUGGUCCUGGUGCCUCUGUAGCGUUUGGGGCGGGCAGGGACUGCGUUGACGGUUGAGGACGAUGACUGUCUUGGAGGCUGCUAGUUGACACAGAGGAGAGGAUUCAACGGAAUCUGACUGGGCAUAUAUCUUGUACAUGCUGGGUCGUUACGGAGGUGGAUCAUUUUGGAUGGGUAACAUCGUGCCCUGAUCCUCCCUGUCCCGGCCCACUUAUUCAACCCCUGACCCACCCCCCCACCCUAGUCACCAUGACAUCUGCAUCCUGGCCCCAGCUGCUGGCUUUCAAACUGUCCCCUCCACCACAUGACCCGGGGAGCCCAGAGAGGAUCCUCAGCUGUGACGAGGAGAUAGAGCGACGUUAUGAGAUCGUUCCCUCUGUGGCCUGCUCCAUGUGCUGCCUCUUCGGCAUCAUAUACUGCUUCUUUGGUUACCGUUGCUUCAAGGCGGUGAUGUUCCUAACAGGCUUGAUGUUUGGCUCCGUCAUCAUCUUUCUGCUGUGUUAUAAGGAGCGUGUCCUGGACACCCAGCUGAGUGUGGAGGCCUCGGUGGGCAUCGGCCUGGGCAUCGGUACCCUCUGUGGCCUGGUCACCAUGCUGGUGCGCUCUGUUGGACUAUACAUGGUGGGGCUACUGCUGGGACUACUGCUGGGCAUCGCCUCACUGGUGGUAAUGGAGGAGUUCCACCACCCGCGGACGGUGUGGGUGCCCCUGGGGGUGUUGCUGGGGUCAGGCAUGCUGUUCGCCGUCCUCACCCUCCAAUGGCAGCGCUUCUUCACCACCCUCUCCACUGCUGUGUUCGGCUCGGCUGUCAUCACCGUCACUGUGGACUACUUCAUUGAACUGUUUGCCCUCGUCAGAUACAUAUUUGAGAGGAUCAAGGUGGCUCCACCCCGUCCUGUCUGCUGGUUCACCUGGGUCAUCAUGGGGGUGUGGCCUGUACUGGCAUUGCUGGGGGUCCUCAUCCAAUGGAAGGUCACCGCCGAGGGAUACUCACACACUGAGGUUGUUCUCAGUCGACAGCAGCGGAGGGUCCAGUUGAUGAGGAUCCACCAGAAGGAAGAGAGGAUGCAGAAAGAAGUGAGGAAGAAGAAGAAGAGACAGAAGCAACAAAAGCAGAAGCAGCCGGAGCAGCUCCAGCAUCAGCAGUACCACCGCCCUCCUCCACCUACCUACCCUCCUCCUACCGCCGCCACCACCGCCACCACCACCACCACCAACAAACCCCUCCUCCCUGAGCCUAUCACCUACCACAGGAAACCAAACCCCAUUCGACGCUUCGAUGGGGACGUGCUGUCCCCUAGUUACAUCGCUAGUUUCCGGGACAGACAGGUGGACAGACGGGAUUACCCUCACCACGGCAGACCGAUCGCCAGGCACCACAUGGCUGACCGUGACUACGACUGUGGAUCCCAAGUACCCCUGACCGCCCCCAAUGGACCGGCUGUACGAGUUUGACAUUGACAAUAACCUUUAUAUCCCAUGACAGUGCUCCUACAGGUUUGGAGUGGUACUGUUUGUCCUUUUCCUUGUCCAGUGAAGGUCUCCAGUGUCCAGAUUGAAUGUUAAUCUCUGGAUUCAUGUAAUCUGAGGUGGAUAUCAGAAGGUUAAUGUCACCCGUACCCAUCUCUUUUCUUUUACCCUGAAGCAAAUCAGUGUCCAGACUGAGAUUGACCUUUGAACCCUGGACUGACUUAUUCUGAGGGGGGGGGGGGGGGGGGUAUGGGAAUGAAAGGCCUUUUGAUGUCUUCCAUUGUCCUCUCUUCCAUUCCGUUCUUUAGUCUGUGGUUUACAUGGGCCGUGGAACAUAUAAACCCUGCUGUGGUUCCCUUCGUCUCAGCUCUUAAAAGACAUCUAUUUUUGGAGCGUUACAAUUUCCCCUGAACAUGUAUGGCAAUACCUGCAUAGGGUCUUAAAGGUGUGGAAGGACAUUUUAACAUUACCAGAAAGACAUCAACUUCCCUGGAAAUAUGUCACCGUUGAACAGUUGAAAUACCGUUUUUUUUCUCCUACUGUGUGAUAUGUGGGCUAGUGUUGAUGUGUUGUGUGUCUAAUAGCAUUGUACUGUGUCUGUGUGUGUGUCUACUGCCCACAGUCCAUUAUUAGCCCUGCACUAAGUCUCUUUUAAUCUGCUCAUCUUCAACAUGGCUAAGAGAUGUUACCUUUAAAUCUACUGUAUUAUUCAAAGAAACCUGCUAUGGCUUCGAUCUUGCCUUUACUGGCCUUGUGGGGGAGAUGGAGUAGAAAUCACCUGCUAUUUCUCUCCUCCCCCUUCUCCUCUCCCCUCCCCCUUCUCCUCUCCCCUCCCCUCCUCUCCCCCUUCUUCUCUCCUCUUCCCUUCUCUCCCCCUUCU